AUGGCAAAGUCGAGACCCCAGUCCAAACAUUCCCGUGCUGCCCGCCGGGCAGCUUCUCCCAGUCUCGAUCUCGAUAAAUCGUUGACCACCCUCCCUCGGGCGGAAGAAACCACAGUGCAACGUGAAUCCAUUCUGGCCGAUCGAGCAAAUGCUGGCGUCUCGAAGAAGAAGUCCAAGUCGAAGCCUUUGACUAAAGCGCAGCGCGCGAGGCAGCAGAAAGGAAUGGAGAGAGCAGAAGCGGUCAUGGAUCAGCUCGAGAGCAAAGUCAACCGAAGUGUCAACCGCGCUAAAGUUGUCAAAGCUCGUAGGGGCGAAUGGGAGGAUCUGAACCGCAAGGCGUCGAAGACCAUGUUCCAGACCCUUGCCGAUGAGGCCGAUGACCUCGACGACGCCAUGAUGGAUGACUCGGCCCCUGCUAAGAAAAGCAAGCCUGCAAAGCAAGCGAGCUUUGCCGUUCAGAACCCGGUCGCCGAUCAACAUGCCGACAACGAUGAGGAUGAGGAGAUCACUUGA